CAACGGUGAACAUCUUUUUUUUAAAGAUACUUUUUUUUAAAUAAAUAAAAAACAAAAACAAAAUAUUAAAUUAUUGUUUUAAAAUAAACUAAAUAAAUAAAAAAUAUAAUAAAAAAAUGGCAAAUAAAAUAUUUUAUACUUGUGUUUUGGCCGCAGUUUUUGCCGUGGCUAUGAUUACUUUAACUCAAGCUGAUAUAUCAGAAAAACCCGUAACCGAUGUCUGUUUGGGUUGCAUUUGUGAAGCCAUUAGUGGUUGUAAUCAAACCGCCUACUGCGGUGGUGGUGUCUGCGGUUUGUUCCGCAUUACUUGGGCCUACUGGGCUGAUGGUGGUAAAUUGACCAUUAACAAUGAGGACCCCGCAUCGGAAACUGCCUACGCCAACUGCGUUAAUGAUCCCUACUGUGCUGCCAAUACAAUUCAAAAUUAUAUGCGCAAAUACUCUCAAGAUUGUAAUGGUGAUAAUGCUGUGGAUUGUUACGAUUAUGCUGCCAUCCAUAAGUUGGGUGCCUACGGUUGCAAGGGUGAAUUAUCGUAUCAAUAUGGCAACAGCUUGGCCAAUUGUUUAAGUAGUUUCGGUGGCAUUAAUGUGCGUUCGAAUUAAGAGGAAUAUAUACAUAUAUAAAAAUAAUGCCAUUUUUUUAAAUUUAUAUUAUUUACUUUAUGCUAAUUAAGUUUUUUUAUUCAUAAUUAUUUUUUAAA